UACGUGGACAACUCCCUCUCUCUCUCUCUCUCUGUAUGAAUGGUGAUUCAGAGAGACCCAUUGAGCCGUUUGAGGAUCCCGUGGAGGAGCCAGUUGCUGCGAGCAUAGAUACAGAAUCACAUCCACAUCGGAGAUGGUAAUGGGAGUGAGCAUUCAGUGCUUAGUGGAUCUUGUGGUAGCGGGAAUUUCUUUGGUGAUUGGAUUGGGGAUCUUCGCUUUCGUUGCUUCCAUCCUCUGCUCCGCCGCCUUUCUGCACCACGCCAAGGCCUUCUCCUGAGACAGAUAGAGCUGGUUCAAACACAUGCAACAAAUGAAAUAUGGGGUUUGUGGUGAGGUUUGAAUUCAAAACUUUUGUUUGCUUUGAUAUCAUGUUAAAUUGUCAAUUACCAUCUCAUCUAAGAUUUAAGCUAGUAGGUAGAGGAUUAACUUAUCUUUUAUAUUAUUAUUUUUACUCUCAACAGACCUUUGGCCUUAUCCCUUUUCAAUGCCCUAGUCUAGUUUUUUGAACAUUGCUUUUAUCUCCUAUCUAAGAAGCAUGAAAAAUGCCGUAUACACUGACUUGCCAAUGUUCAAGAAAAUUAAGACCGGAACAAGGAAGAACAUGAUAAAUAGUAAAUUAUAGUUUUGUAUGUGCAUGUAUUAGAAAAAUAGUUCUUCUUUACACGAUAGGGAAAAAAAUGUGAUUAAAAGCUUUCAUAUGUAUUCUAAAACACUUAACGAUAAAAAGUUUUGAAAUCUAUUAAUUGAAAUCUACAUUGUUUUUAUUAAUUGAUUCUCAACUUGUUUCUUUAGAAUUAGAAUAAACUUUUUAUUUAUUUAAUCAAUGAAUGUUUAAGAUCUCAAGAUACAAAUAGGUCUCACCCAAGUGUUUGUAAAAUGUCUGAUAGUAAAAAAAUUAAAGAGGUAAUAGGAUAUGUUUGGUUGAACGGCGGACAAACAUUUGGAACAAGGGUGGAUUUAGGAUUUUGUUUAGUGAGAGUAAAAUUUAAAUAAAAUCAUAUAGAAAAUCUUUUUUUUUUCAUUGACAGUUAAAGUAAUUAAAAAUAAAUAUUUAAAUAUUUUCUAAAACAAAUGGCAAGGUAUCAAGUGUUAAUCCCUCUAGGUGGGAUUGUCCAACCUAACUUCAAAUAUUUGUUAAGAAAUGAAAAUUUUGAUUAAAAAUUCUAAACUUGACACGAGAAACCAAUAAACAGGAUUCUAACUACAAUUUUAUGCACAAUGUAUUGUUUUAUAAAGUUUGUUCUUUAUUGGUAAGAAAAAAUAAGAAUAGCCUAAACCACGAAAGAAUGAACUAGUAAAAAUAACUUAAGGUACCAAAUAUGUAAUGGUCUAUGUUUUUUCAUUUCAAUAUUUGUUGGAUAUAGUUAAUUACUAAUUUCCAAAUCAAAUCAUUUUGCUGAACACAAGCAAAGAACAAGAAAAUAUCUUGGAUGAGAAUGACAAAAAUGUAUUCAUGGAUUUGACGCAAUCUAUGUUCCAAUAUGGAUUUGUUCUGUAAGUUCUUCAUCAAGGAAAUAGUUUGUAUUCAAAAUUUAGAUGGAUGUGAUUUUAUCUUUUAUCUUUAAUAUGUAUUUGUUUCCAAAUUUUGGCUAUACACAACUUUAUCAUAAUAUAUGUGUAUGUCUGUUUCAUUAUCUCAUCCUUUUUUUUUUCUUUGUUUAUGCUUCAGAUUAUCUUUUAAUAUAUCUACUUGAAUAAAUAUAUUUCUAAUUAUCUGUUGGACUUCUAAUCCUAUGGAGUUCAUCUUCGAUAAGGAAUUGGUUUGUAUCCAAAAUUUGAAUAAAUGUAGCUAUAUCAUUUAUAUACUUGCAUACCCAUCUAAUUUGUUGGAUAUCUAAUACCAUUAGAAUCCAUCUUCAACAAAAGCUGGUUAUUCAAGUUACAUUAUUGCUAAUCCAUAUAUUAUUUAGAUGUGUUAAAUCUUAAUUUUCAAACUCUUUAUCUUCACUCAUUAUACACAUCUAAUCCAUCAAGAACUGGCAUUGUAAAGUCUAUCAUCCAAUAGGUUUUGGAUUAUUUUAAUUAGUUUAGUUAUUACUGUUAUUAUUUUCUUACCACUAUCCUAAUUUCUAUGUUUCUUAUAGUCUUAUAGAUAUCUCUCCAUAUAUAUAUAUAUAUAUACAUACAUACAUAUUUAUAUCUUUAUAUAAGACAUAUCGCCAUAUAUAUAUACAUAUUUAUAACUUUAUAUAUUUUUAUU